GUGAGGAACAGAAGUGCCAUUUGAAGAAAGAAGUGGCAGAUAUUAAGACACCUCUUAGUCAGCUGUUUGAUAUUUUAUGAAAAGCUAACAUGGUACAACCAGUGAGUCCGCACAGCUAUCAUAGAGUAUAUAUAGUAGGCACUAGUUGUAAAUAUCAUAGUGGGGCAAUGGGUCACUCUAUCGAAGCUUGUGAGCAAUUUCACCAAGAGGUGCAAAAGCACUUGGAUUCAUACCAGUUGGAAGUCUAUGAAGAGGGAGAAGUUUCAAAAAGUGUUGAAAUAUCCAUGACAGAUAAGCUUGCAAAGCUGUUUCCAAAGCCAGUGACGAUUCAUUAUGGGAAUAAGCCAAAGUCAGUCCUAGAUAAACUCAGAGAGAUACUUGUUCACUGUCAUUGUUCAACAGCUCUUUCACUAGCUGUUGUGGCCACAAUUGCUGCAUUUGUUGGGCAACAUGUAGUGGGAAAAGUCGUCAAAAUGCUAGGGAGAGCAUCUAUAAUUAUCUUCAUUCUAGCUGGGAUGAUCUUUGGGAGUGCGAUUUCACUAGGUAUUUUAUAUCCAAUUGGGAAUACAAACAUUUACUAACUAUGGUUUUUCACAGAUUGAAACUCUUGAAUAAAAAUGCUUAUAUCUUCAACUAUGAUAUUAUUAUUGACUGACAAAUUUAUUUAAAUGAAACAGGUGGGUUAGGCAUUGUUAAGAUGAUCAAAAGGAUUGAAAGGAACGAGUAUAUGGGAUUUGAUGAUAUUUGCUUGUAUCAGCCUUAGCAGCAAUAGGAAGAGUAUCCAAAAAGGGAGGGGGAAGUACAAAUCCCCGUCCCUAACUUAAUAGUCAAAACAGGGAGACAUUCAAGCCACCCAUUACACAUUGAUUAUGUCUUAAAGAGUCUGAUUGCGAUGGGUGAGUAUCGUUUUAUGAUUGAACACAAGUUAUAAAACACAGUUGCAACAGAACGAAAAUUCCUCUCACCAUGCAUUCAAAUGAAAUUUUAGAGGUAAACUAUUUCAUUUUUUUUUAAUGGACUGGUUUUUUAUUGUUUACAAGUAAUUAUUGAAAUGUGAAGUAUGAUGUUUGUAGCAGUUGAAUCUAUA